UAGUUUUGGUGAGUAACACACUAGACACUGUAUUCACUCAGAUAUACAUCCAUUACAAAUGAGGUGAACCGUAUUAAAAGUAUUGUCGAAAUAGUUAUAUGAACAACGAUUCUUUAUUCCAUUGAAAUAAAUAAAUAGUACUACUAAUAAGGUUCAGCAUUUAGUAGGAUAUCAAGUUCAUCAUUUAAAGUUUGGUUCAAAAUAUGCACUUUUCUUUGUAAAUGACACAAGUGCUGUUUGGGUGAACAAAUUGUCACAAAACGAUUCGCUGCCAAAAUCGUACUGCAUAGAACAUACCAUCAGGACAGACUGGCGCCAUCGAGCAGCAUCCUAUUUCCAUCGGCAAGCAGUGUUCAAAGGCUAAUCCACGUGUGGUUUUAUAAGAAAAAAAAAAACAGACAGUAGAGAUGUAAGUUUCUCUCGCGCUGCGGUUUGGGUGUCGUCUCAACGAAACAAAAUGCGAAUCAAGGUUGAAGUUGUUCUUACCAGUGGAACCGACGGUGUUUUCCUUCCCGGCCAGGAGGUUGUUGGAGAGGUGAUUGUGGAAUUGACCAAAACAAUUAAGAUUUCACGCGUCAAGUUACUGAUUUGUGGGAUUGGAAAAACAGAAUGGAGCGAGACUACUAGUAACAGUGCAAGAUUCCUGAGUCUGGAACAAUUUCUAUUUCAAGCAAAUGAUGCGGCGUCCAGUACAGUGUACAGUGGCAGAGAGCGGUAUCUGUAUUCGGAGCUAGUACUUUGUCAAGUAAACGAUUUUAUACCAGCAGGAGGAUAUUCGUACGGAUUUGCUUGUCCCCUUCCGAAAAAACUGCCAGCAUCCUUCGAAGGAAAAGACGGACACAUUCGAUAUUUUCUUACGGCCACCUUAGAACGACCAUGGAAACAUUCCAAAGCACACACACUCAAUUUCCAAGUAUCUCGUCAGCUCGAUCUGAGGAACGAGAUUCUUUUACCGCUCAAAGCUAACUACACAAAGACUAUUGGCUGUUGGCCCUGUUUAUCGGCUGGGUCUCUAUCGAUGUCAGUCCAGCUGGCAACCAACGGAUUUCUUCCAGGUCAAAUUAUUCCCGCACUGAUAAUCGUCAACAGCCGGCGAAAUUUUAGAAUUAGCAAAAUCACAACCGUCCUAUCGCAGAAAAUAACGUACAAUGCUCAAAUUCCAAAACGACGACAACGAAUCGAAACCACGGUGAUUUGCAGAAAUGUAUCACCCGGAAUUACCCUUCCCGAAGGGGGUGUGCUGGCAGAGGAUAAUCUACAAGUGCCUUGUGUACUGCCAUCGACUAGCAGUGAUUUUUCGAGAAUCAUCAAAGUUACCUACGAACUGAAGGUAACGAUGGAAAUAGACACGUACUUCCUGCACGAUCCCUUCAUAACGCUUUCCAUUCCGAUUGUGAUUGGAACACUGUUAGAACGAGACUCGGAAUUAUCCGAUAACGAAUCCGUACAUGUUUGGUCUUUGAACUCCGACAACUAGCUCGUGUGACGUUGUUCAAGACACCGUAUUUAAAAUUUCGCGUUUCUUUUCGAUUAUUUUUAUGUUUUUUUUCACUAAUUUUUGACAACUCAAUCGUCGCGUUGUGAUUUUGGACUUGCCGGAUUGCAUACUGCGAUAUCAUUCAUGAUUUCUAGUAAUUGAUUAAUAAGAGUUUCAUGGAGUUGAUAUGAAUUGAACAUGAUAACCAUCAUUGCCGGCCACAUCCUUCUCAAUUGUUUACAGGGAUAGAGAAAGUAUAUAGUAUUUCGAAUACGAGUAAAUACAUUCAGUAAUUCAUAUAAUAAUACAUUGUGUCGCUAACUACCAAAAAACGUGCAAAAUGAUAAUUUAACCACAACUUCUAUUGAUACA